GAUCAGCUUAUCGCAAAUGGCUUAUGCUGCAGUAACUUCGCUUAAAGGAACACUCCAUCUACACUUUUUGCAAUCACAACCAUGCCUGCCUCUUAUAUAUAAACGAAAGGUGGUCUCUCUCCUUAGAAAUAAUCUUGGUUUCUUACUAGAGAUAGUUUAUGCUCUCCAUAAAAAUCUUGGUUUCCUCCAAGAGAUUCUUGAGAAAUCUGAGAUCGCCUAUGACUAUGAUAAUUCGGCGAUGAAACGUUUAGAGGCAGAGAUGAGAGAUGUAGCGUUCAAAGCCGAAGAAAGGAUUGAGAUGGAGUUGAGUAACAUAUACCUUCAGUCAAGCAGUAUAGAGGAGGUUUGCCUCCUCAAGCUUCAUGGAAUCUUGAAUGAAGCUGUAAAACAGACUGAUUACCUGAAGAAAAAGUUGAUUAAGAUUCAAAGUAAACACCAGUUUGCAAAGGGUCCAUCAAUCCUUGGUCGGAUGCGACAAAGAGGACUACUCCAUGGUUCAACAUCAUCGCAGUCUGCUGAUCCACACCGCCAGAAUAUUACUGUCAGUAAAUUUUCCAAAAGCGCUUCAAACUUUGACAGUAGAAUGGUUGGAUGCGACAAGGAAUUCAAGACGAUAUUGGAUAAGCUCACUCAACAAUCAGCCAAGCAGCUCCAAGUUGUAUCAAUCAUUGGCAUGGGAGGAAUAGGCAAGACCACUUUAGCUGAGAAACUCUAUAAUGAUUCCCUAAUUACUUCUUAUUUUGACAAGCGAGCAUGGGCUACUGUCUCCCAAGAGUAUAACGUAGAACGAAUGGUCCGAUGUCUUCUUAGUUGUGUUACAACUGGAGCAUCAAGAGAUGGCGAAGACCAAUUAGCAGAAAGUCUGUAUAAAUGUUUGAAGGGUCCAAGAUAUUUGAUUGUGAUCGAUGAUAUAUGGAACACUACAGCUUGGGAUAGUGUGCAAAGAUGCUUUCCAAAUGAUAAUAAUGGAAGCCGUAUAUUAUUGACUUCUCGACUCAAAGAGGUAGCUGAAUAUGCAAGUUCAGGUAACUCUAUUAUUAACAUGUCUUUCUUAAAUGCCAAUAAAAGUUGGAAUCUCUUCUGCAAUGUGCUUGGUCAAACAGAAUUUCUAUCCGUGUUUGAACAAAUUGGUAGGGACAUAGUGAAAAAAUGUAAUGGAUUACCUCUAGCUAUUAUUGUAGUAGCUAGUCUUCUCUCCAAGACAGAGGUGACAGUGGAGAAGUGGAAUAGUGUUGCUGAAAAUGUGAGUAGAUAUGUAAUUGGUGAUUCUAAUGAUGCAUGUUCCAAAAUACUAUAUUUGAGCUACAACCAAUUACCACACCGCUUAAAAGCUUGUUUUUUAUAUUUUGGAGUUUUCCCUGAAGACUAUGAGAUCCAUGUGAAGAAAUUGGUUAGAUUGUGGGGGGCAGAGGGAUUUUUGAGGGCAGUGGACCAUCGAUAUAUGGAGGAAGUGGCCAUGGAAUGCUUGCAAGAUCUUGUUGAUAGAAGUCUUGUUUUUGUUAGCAAACAAAGCUACAAUGGGAAAAUGAAGGCAAUAAGAAUACAUGACAUGUUGCGAGAAUUGUGCUUAAGAGAAGCUCGACAUGAAAAUCUCUUGACUGUCAUUGGAUAUGAAAAACUUCCAUUUUUCAAGAAGAAAAUCUCUUCUUGUUGGAUAAGAGCAACAUCAGAUCUACUUCCAUUGACAAAGUGCUUUCACAAAUCACAUUCCUUACACUCUCCCUACUCUUAUUAUUCUGGAAGUGUGGAAACUCUAUUUUCACACUUCAAACUACUAAGAGUAGUAGACAUAGUAUGUAUAUUUUACUUUGGAUAUGGGCAACUAAAUACGCUUGCAAAUCUUGUUCAUCUGAGAUACUUAGCUUUGAGGAAUUUAAUAAAUACUCCCGUCAAAUAUUUUGAUUUAGAGCUCUUUGAGCAUUAUAAUAUGCAAAGCUUUAUUCUUCGUGGAGCUGCUGAUACAUUCGAUUUCUUUGUGGCAUCUGGAAUUUGGAAAAUGCCACUAUUAAGGAAUUUUUGCAUUCAAGGGAUUGGUUCAUUAGGAACUUCAUCAAUUGUUCAUAGAAACUUAGAGAGUAUAUCAUGGUUGGAUUCUAUGCUCUGUACAAAGGAUUUGUUUACAAGGAUUCCGAAUUUAAAAAAAUUGGGAAUUUAUGGUGGAUACGAUAAAAACAAUCUAGAUUGUUUUUAUAAUUUUGUGCACUUGAGGCAGCUUGAGGAGCUAAGCAUAAGAGCUUGGUGGAAUCUUAACCAUAUUCCAUGUAGCGGCAUUCAAUGGGCAACUAGUUUUCUACCAAAACUUAAGAAACUCAAAUUCUUCGAUACUAAGUUGCAAUGGAGUGAUAUGAGGCUUUUUGGCAUGUUACCAAAUCUACAGGUUCUAAAGCUGAUAAAUUCUAUUGCUAGCGAAGACAGAAUGUGGGAGCCAUCUGAGGAAGGGUUCCGUCAAUUGAAAAGAUUGGUAAUUGAAGAUGUAUUCUUUGAACGUUGGAAUGACGUGGGUGACAAUUUCUCUGUGCUAGAAUGUUUAGAGUUACGUAAUUGCUAUUCUUUGCAAGAGAUUCCUAGUGGGUUUGCGAAUAUUACCACACUAGUGCUGAUUCAAUUAAAGAGCUGUUUGGAUUCCGUUCUGACUUCGGCAAAGUUGAUUCAAAUUCAAGAAGAGCAAUACAACAACUAUGGAAAUGCCGUCCUUGUUUGUUCAGAAAAUAUUAGGGUCUCUUUCUGUCCCUCUAAUAUAUGCGAAACGUGUAAAAACAAAGAGCAAGAAUGGGAUGAGGAGGAAGAGAGAUGAAUGAAUGACUGCAUUUGUUUAUUGUUGACGCUUUGGUGGAUUAGGCAGAGUGGCCAUUCGGGAGGUGCUCAGCUGGGUGAAUUCAAGACGAGGUAUCAAGGGAAGCUUCAAGUGGAAAUAGAUGCACUGUCUGGUUCGAGGCCUAUCAAAUGACAAUGAAUAGUCCUCAUUUUAUCUUGUCUUAGUUAAUAUAAAAUCACUGAAAAUUGAUUUUCACACACUUUUGUAUCUUUUGCUAAGUGAUCAGCAAAUCGUUCUGUCCAUGUGUUGGUUCGUAGUCAAUUUUCAGUCUAAUCAUAGAGAAUGAUUGUCAUUUCCUUAGUAUAGCAUAAAAGCACUCUGUCGCACAGCAGAGCAGGAGGAUCUGUUAUAUAUGAAUCUGCGAAUGGUUUUUGUAGUUGUGGGUUUGUGGGUGUAAUGAAUUUGGGUGAAUACGUAGUGUGUUGCAUCAUAAACUAUUAUGGUUUGUGCUUCAAUUUUGGUAUAAAAUGUUGGUGUUAUUUCUUCAUUUGAA